AUGUCAAGGGCUCCCAUUUUUAUUAAAAAUCUUCUAAAGGGAAACCAGGUCUGGAAAAUGCACAUUCGGGUUGUUGAUAUGUGGAUUGUUAUUGAGAAAAAUGGAUCUCAACACCUUGAAGCCGUUAUUCAGGAUGCAAAGGGUGAUAAGAUUCACGUGACCACUUGGGGAAAAGACUUCCAAGAUUGGGUUGAGGUUGUCACGGAGCAUGGGACGUACUACCUUUAUAAUGGAGAGCCAGUUGAGAACGAUGGUCCUUUCAAGGUGUGUUUUAACCCACUCAAACUCAUAUUCAAUGGAGGGACUACCAUGACGAAGGUGGCGAUACCUGAAAUUCCUACUCACAGCUACAGUUUUCACCCUAUUGAGAACUUUCUCAAAGGAGACUUCAAACAUGACCACUUAUAUGAUGUUAUUGGUGUAUUACAAGAUGUUUUAAAGACCCAAACGGGAGGUGGUGGUAGGAAAUCUUGCGUCAAUGUCACUAUAAGUGAUGUCAACGGCAAUGUGAUUGAGCUGGUGUUAUGGGAAGAUUACGGCAAACAGUUCAUCAACUACACUACCCCUAACAACUUUGCUGGUCCUACUAUUAUCGUAUUGACACAUGCAUGGUGCAAGCCAAAUACAUUGUUUGUGUCGGGAUUACCAUGUCUUUCCAACGCAUGGAACGGUUCUAAACUUUACAUCAACUUGGAACAUCCACAAGUAGAUGAAUUCAAAGCUAGUUUUGGUUCCAACUUACCUGCCCCUUCCCAAUCAUUGACUGCUGAUUCAUCUGUUCAAUCUGCUAACAAUUUCUGGACGAAAUUGUCCGAGGUGAAGAGUAUCCGUGCAGUAUCUGAAUUCGGAAGGGUGUUUGGAUGGUAUUUUGAAUCAACUGGAAAUACCGAUGCUGAACGUGUUACCAAAUUCAAACUUGAAGUGGAGGUGGAAUAUGAUAACCAUAAGGGGAUCUUUGUUUUUUGGGAUAAGGAUUGUAUCCCUUUUACUAAAUUGACUGCUCAUGAAUUAAGAGAAAUUAUGAAGAAGGCUGGAGAGGACAAUCCUAAGAUAUGGCCUACUCACCUGGACGUUCUCUUGAAUAGACAAAUGGUUUUUCGUAUCAAGUAUCAAUCACAAUUCAGACGAUUCUCUGUCGUGAAAAUACUCAAUGAGGACGGCCUUUACAAAAGGUUUGACAACUACCUCACACCAAAUGAAGGAGCUAAUGCUGCUGUUAUGGAAGUGGACACAACUUCUCCAACUCUUAAUCCAAACCAAACUUUUAGAGACAUUGACAUUUCACUUUUGCAACAACUCAAUCUAGGGGUGGACAGAAAUCAACCGUCCGACGUAAUCCGACCGGUCCGAUGGAAGAUUUUGGAAGCGGAUCGGAUUGAGUCGGUUUGCGGAGCUCCAGCAACUUCCAUACCAGGUCGGGGUAGGCCUAAGAAUCACUAUGGAAUUCCAAAUAUGGCUAGGAACUUGACCAGAAAGUUUCCUAUACCAGCAGCGGAUGGUAAUGCCACGGAGAAUUUCAAUCCAAAUGUGAUCAUAGAAGUUCCAGCUCUGGCAGAUCAACAACCGUGUCAUUUAAACCACGUGUCGUAUUCCAGAACAAAACCACGAUGUGCAACAGUUCCCAAACCAUCUAGAGGGAGGCCUAGAAAACAAUUGCCCGAUCCAAUUAUGCCAUUGGGUUUAAAUAGAGAGCUCAACAUCCAUACCAUGAGUCUGGCGCAGUCCACUGCAACUGUUACACCCCUUGCAAGGAAUGUGUUUACAACAUCAGCACCUGCAGUUGAAAUAGGUAUGGAAAGAAACCAGGCUGUUAAUAACAAGGUGCCGUCGGUGUCAUAA